UCUGGGAGGUUAGCGUGUGUCCGUGGUAGUCUUGUGUGCGACGGAACACUUGAAGGCGACGGAACAAAAUGGCUGCUCUGGCUAUCGACCCUACGGAGCAGCCUCGGAUGUACCAGCAAACUCUGCUUCAAGACGGACUGUGCGAUCUUUUAGAGAACGACAAGUUUGUGGACUGUGUUCUCAAAAUCCAGGAACGAGAGUUCCCCUGUCACCGUUUGGUUUUGGCAGCCAGUAGUCCGUUCUUCAAGGCUAUGUUCCUCUCCGACCUGGAGGAGAGCAAAAAACGGGUGAUAGACCUCAAAGAUGUGGAACCUGGCACCAUGGGGAUGAUCUUACGCUACCUCUACACGUCUGACAUCAACCUAACAGAACAGAACGUCCAGGACAUCUUCAUGGUAGCUAACAUGUACCAGAUCCCGUCGAUUUUCUCCGUUUGCGUAUCCUACCUCCAAGAAAAACUGGUUCUCGGAAACUGCUUAGCGAUCUUCAGACUGGGGUUGCUCCUGGACUGUCCCAGACUCGCUUCGACCGCUCAGGAGUUCAUCUGCGAACGGUACCAGGUUGUCAUCAGAGACCAGGACUUCCUUCAGCUCGCUGGAACAGAACUGGCCCUCAUUAUCGGCGCCGACGCUCUUAAUGUGGAUCGUGAGGAAGUGGUCUUUGAAUCUCUGAUGGACUGGGUGAGACAUGAUGAGAAAACACGAAAACAGGAGCUUCCCGAAUUGCUGCACUGCAUCCGAUUCAGGUUGAUUCCUUUGGAAUACUUUAAAGAAAAAGUGGAAAGUCAUCAGUUGAUCCGGUUCAACCAGGACAUCAAGAAAGAUCUGGAUCUGGUCAAGGAUGCUCACAGAGGUCGUCUCCCCAAACCCAGGAAAGAAAAUACAGAUGGGAGUGAAGAAGACCAGGAAUUUUAUCUACCAGGAAUUCUCAACAACAACCCCCGCUUUGGGAUGUUUGAGCAGGACUUGAUCCUGAUGAUCAGUGAAACCGGGACCGUGGCCUACGAGCCGGUUGGAAAUGAGUGCUUUGUGGUGUCGGACUCGGCGGAAAUUCCAAAGAACCACUGUAGCUUGGUGACCAAACAGAACCAGGUGUUUGUUGUGGGCGGGAUGCUGUACAACCAGGAAAACCAAGACGAACCCUUCAGUUCUUACUUCUUACAGUUUGACCCAGUAAGUUCGGAAUGGUUAGGAAUGCCCUCACAACCAAACCCUCGCUGCUUGUUCGGGCUGACCGAAGUGGAGAACUCCAUCUUUGUUGUUGGAGGCAAGGAACUGAAGGAAGGAGAACACGCUCUGGACUCUGUUAUGAUUUAUGACCGACAGUCAUUCAAAUGGGGGGAGUCGGACCCUCUGCCAUACGUGGUGUACGCUCAUGGCACCGUAUCACACAAAGGCCUUGUCUAUGUCAUUGGAGGGAAAUCGGACAGCAAGAAGUGCAUGAGGAGAGUGUGUGUCUACAACCCCACUAAAUUUGAGUGGAAGGACUUAGCUCCCAUGAAGACGGCCCGCUCCCUGUUUGGUAUAGCCGUCCACCAGGACCAGAUCUUUGUCAUGACGGGGGUUACGGACUCAGGUCUCACCAGUUCUGCGGAGGUCUAUGACAUCGCCAGUAACAAGUGGUCCGAGUUCACAGAGUUCCCCCAGGAGCGUAGUUCUCUUAGUCUGAUGUCCGUGGGGGGCUCCCUGUAUGCAGUGGGGGGGUUUGCAAUGAUGCCCAGUGAAAGCAGUGAUGAGCCAGUCCCAACAGAGAUGACUGACAUCUGGAGGUAUGACGAAGCAAAGAAGUGCUGGAGUGGGAUUCUACGUGAGAUUAGCUUUGCAGAAGGAGCCACCGUCGUUCCCGUACGCCUCAAUACGCUGCGACUCAACAAGUUAUAACGACAAUCAGUGUGAAAGUUGCUCACUUAGGAGUCUCGUUUUUUUGCAACUGAAUAAGAUGUUUGAGUCUAA